GGGCCUCUAAGUAGGAAGCGAUGUACAGCAUGAACGCGGCCAACAUUCUCGAACUGCAAACGUGGAUCGUUUACCAGCGCAUUGCCGUCGAGUGUGCGAACUGUUUGUGAGCACUCAUCGAGUCCAUUAGUUUGUUAUGAUUUAGUGCAGAACAGAUUAGCUAUCGGAACAGUAAAAUCGUUCGAAAGCGGUGGGAUUAGGUUUUAGCUGCAAUCACCUCCUAUCAUAAUGAUCGAUACAGUUAUGACCGACAAUGCCUUCAAAGCAAAGGACAUUGGCCUGCGGGCGCAGAAGAAGAUCCUGUCGCGGAUGGCGACCAAAAAUGUGGCGAAAGUGUUCAUCGACGGUACGACCGCCUCACUGCUGGAUAACGUCUACCGGUUGGUGAAGGUUCACACUGGCAGCAAAAAGGAUGCCGAGCGGCUCGUGAAGAACGUCAUCAAGAUCGUGAUCAAAAUUGCGGUGCUCCACCGAAACGGGCAGCUGAACGCAGAUGAACUGAAGCACGCCGAACGGUUCCGCUCCAAGUUCCAGACGCUGCAGAUGGCCAUCUUGUCGUUCUACGAAGUCGACUACAGCUUCGAUCUGGGCUAUCUGCAGAAAUCUCUCGCCGAUUGCCGCAGCCUGCUGCGGGCCGUCGUGGUGCACCAUUUGACGGACAAGUCGCUCGGUCGCAUCGACGAGGUGUUCGACACGUUCGCCGAUUCGUCCCUGCUCGAGACCGCGUUCCGGCAAGACUCACCGUACCGGGAGAUCAUGGACAAGAUCGUGGUGGAUCUCAACAAGGCGAUGGAAAACGGAGAUAUUUAAUGCGCAUCCAGUGUUUACACCCUCUGUCAUUAGUCAGGCACGGUCGGAGGGAAUCCGUUGGAAGUUCCCCGCGCUUCGUAGAUUUCGUCACAGCAAACAAAACACCCUUACAAAUAUCAGCGCACCAAAACGCCGUGUCACCAAUGCCCACUCUGCCUUGGAACGAUUGGACCGCUGCUCUAGGGUUAGUCGGAAGAAAGUUAUUUUAAAAAAAACAGUCGAUCUAAACCGAAAGUCAAGUCAGCGAGCAGGGAGAAGAGGAUCGAGUGCUUACGUUAAGUUAUUUAGUAGCAAGAUGAAUGGGACUGCAUUAUUGCGUAAGAACAGUGUGUUAGAAUACAGAAUCUAGGCGGACCAUCAGUGCUGUCCUAGGUGUUUGUCCAUAUCAAAAGUAAGCGCUUUUCCUGAAGAUAUUUAAAACGAACGAACAGUGUGCAGUCCGCGCAGUCCAUAGAUGUUGUGUUGUGAAAGUGUUGAAUGAUAGCUAUUUACUAACACGCAAACCAGAUUCUCUUACCUUAUCUCACCCAUUCAACGACCAAAUGCUACAUCACCCUACACGCAAAGGCACUGGCAAUUCUCAAUUUUCUCACUCGCCAUCAACCAAUCAAGGACCCAUAGAUGAUUACAAAAUCAAUAGCUUAUUAUAGCAGCCAAAAAUAUAAACCCCACCCAGUGGAAACUAACCGAAUAAACGGUGCACAAGCAAACCGAAGCUCACCCAAACACAAAACGGACCAGUUUUCGAACUAUUUCGACCCAGUUUUUAAGAGACCACUAGUUUGUUUUUGGUACGUCACUAAACAGAACAGCACCGAAAAUUACAAUUUGAAAAGAAAACCGGACUCGCGGAGCCUAUUGACGCACCAUUAGAGGGUAGACCGAAGGUUAGGAAAGUAAAACGUCUUUCAACUAUCUAAGGAAUAGCAUGCUUCUCCGGCACUGUUAAGAGAACGUUGCUUGCUUUCUAUUGAUAGUUUAUAGAACAAUAACGGAAUGAUGUCGGAAAGCCAUGUGUUUGUAAGGUUAUGGUGUAAAUGGUGUUGCGACCGUGUGGCACACCGUAGAUGAUAUUGAACAAAAUAAAAUCUGAAGAUA